AUGCCUGCUGCAAUCGUAAUGGAUUCUCAAAUCAAGUUUGCCAUGGUGGUCAAGGUUAUAGGGCGAACAGGGUCAAGGGGCCAAGUGACCCAGGUGAGAGUCAAGUUUAUGGAUGACUCAAAUCGGUUUAUCAUGAGGAACGUGAAGGGGCCUGUCAGGGAAGGUGAUAUUCUCACACUGAUGGAAUCCGAAAGGGAAGCCAGGAGGCUCCGCUGA